AACAAGAAAUAUGUAUUUGGUCUUUGUACCCAUUUCUAGCACAGAGUUCCCGGAACCCUUGGAAUUUACUACAUGCUGAGGGGUAAGAGUGUCUGGAUAUUGAACCACACCUGAGUUUGUGUUAAUGCGGUGUCUUCUGGAAAGAACAUCAAGUGGGGGCUGGUUGGUAGAGGAGCCAGCCGUGUGAUAGAGGGUUGGAACGUCAGCCUUAACCCCCUGCCCUUGGCAAGGCGAGGACAGGGUCUGGAGGUUGACCAUCACCAGUGGCCAAUGAUUUAGUCAGCCGUGCCUAUGUAACGAAGCCUUCAUAGAAAACCGAAAGGACAGAGUUCAGAGAGCUUCCGGGUUGGCGAGCACAUGGGGUUUUGGGAGGGUGGCGUGUAUGCCCAGAGAGGACACGGAAGCUCCACACCCCUUCCCAGGUACCUUGCCCUGUACAUCUCUUCCAUUGGGCUGUUCCUGAGUUACAUUAUAACUUUUUAUAAUAAACUGGUAAUCUAGUAAGGAAAAUGUUUCAUCACAUGUUUCUCUGAGUUCUGUGAGCCACUCGAGCACAUUAAUCAAACCCAAGAAAGGGGAAGGGGUCUUUGGAACCUUGGGUCUAUAGCCGGUCGCUCAGAAGCACAGCUGACAACCUGGACUUGUGGUUGGUGACUGAAGUAGGGGCGGGGGGGGAUAGGACAGUCUUGUAGGACUGAGCCCUUCACCUUUGGGAUCUAAUGCCGUCUCCAGGUAGAUAGUGUCAGAAUUGAGUUAAUUGCUUGAUUGUGUGGAGAAAUAAAACACACAUCAGAGUUAGUGUCAGAAUUGUGAAAGGACGUGGGCAAGUGGUGUCCAGACAGCAUCUUGCUUGAUAACUGUUGGUGUAAAGCUGAUAAAAACAGGGGUCUUUAUCUGUUCGGGUCAGCAGUACCGAGCCCCUAGAACAGUGUCUUGCACAAUCUGAAAGAAUGUGCUGAUGAACCAAUACUGUUUUGCUUAGUGAAUGAUGACUGGUCAUCUUCUAAGUACUCCUUCCUCAUAUCAGUCCUGCACUAGAUAGGAACCAUUAGGCAACUCUGUGAUGGGGAACAGAAAGGGGGAAACCAGAGGAAGGAAGCUCCUAUUACUUAAGCACAGGUGACAUUCUUGACAGGUGAGGUUGUAAAUUAACCAGUGACAUGGGCAGUGUGUGGUUUUUACUUAUCCGGGCAGAAUUGAAGGUAAGAGCGCCAGCCCUAGGGAAGUGGAGAACCUCUGAAUUUUGCCACAGGUAUCAUCAGACUCCUCACAUGUUCUGUCCCUGUUUGGAGAGGCCCCCGUCCUCACUGUGAGCCGGUGCCGGCAGGCCCACGGAACGGAAGGAUUCUGAGCACUAGAUUGGAAGAGGGAGUUCUCAGAGACGGACCAUCAGUUUGCAGAGGGAGGCAGAGCUGCAGGAAUCUCUCUGGCACUGGGUUGUCUCUGUUCCUAUUGCUUAUUGUUGGUGAGUGCCCACCUAGAGAAUGCGGGCUCUGCAGGGGGAUUUGCCAGGUGGAAAGCGUGGUAUGCUGCAGGUCUUAGCUGUGUGCACUCCUGGGAGGUCAGAGCCCUGACAGCCCGUGACCCUAGUGCCCCAUUCUGGAAGGCAAGCUUUCUUUGCCAUCUGUUGAUCUGUUUCUGAAAGGGAGCCGGCCACCGGGGAAUUUAUCUCCUCUGUUUGCCAUACGGCUUUUGUACCCAUGGGGAGCUGGCAGACUGCAGGAAUAAUUCAGAGGGGUCAAUGGCAUCAAUCAUCACACCUAUCAUGAAUUAGAAAAGAGGUGCUUUACGUACAUUAUCUCUGAUCUUCGCAAAAUCUCUGGAAUGUAAGUAUUAUCAUUCCUAUCCUAUGGAAUGGGAAACUGAGCUCAGAGGGGUUUAGCAAGCUACCCACCAACUUCCAGGAAGUGGAGGAUUCAAACUCUUGUCUGUCUGACUCUACGCCCGAGCUCUCUUUCUGACAACCUAAAGCAACCUCAGCUGGAGAGCGAGACGGAGGCUUGAACAGGACUGCACACAGCUCUCCACCCCGGCUUCCCCAGCUUUGUAGGUAACCAGUUGUUCUUUUCUUCCCUUCCAAGUCAAAGAGCCAUCUGAUAAUCAGUUGUGUUGCGCUGAAGUAAGUGUUCGAGGUUUCUGAAACCGUCGGAAACCCUGGAGGCCUAUCACUAGGAGCUGCCAAAAUAGGAGGAGUGCUUCAAGGUCAAGGGCUUCCAUUCAGCCAUAGCCCCCGGACACAAAGUGUGCCGUGCUGGAAUACAGAUUCUCCAGCCCCCGAAGCUCACAAUUUUCUACCACCUUCUUCCUCUGAUUUCUGGCCGAAGACUUGGAAAUUUUAGGGAAUGUGGCUGAUUCUGCUGCUGUCUCUUGAGCCAGCAUCUUGGAUAGGCUGAGCACCUCUCCCAGGUCAGGACCGUGGGCUCCACGAGAGCAGGGACCAUAUCCACUGAGUGCUCUGCUUUGCAUAAUGCCUGGCAGCAGUGAGUGAGCACUUCAUCAGUACUUCUGAAUGAAUGAAUGGUCGCAAGUUAAAAAGUUCAGAAACUUCUAAAAAAUUAACGUUAGUCAUACGCUUGGCACCAGACCUGUGUUCUUUGGACACCAAGAGAGCCCGCCUCUUUCCUUAUGGUCAUGAUCAGCAGAGCUUACAGGUGAAUGUUGGAUGUGUACCCAAAAAGGUAAUGUGGAACACAGCUGUCCACUCUGAAUUCAUGCAUGACCACGUUGAUUAUGGCUUUCAAAGCUGUGAGGGUAAAUUCAGCUGGCGGGUUAUAAAGGAAAAGCGGGAUGCCUACGUGAGCCGCCUAAACACCAUCUAUCAGAAUAAUCUAAUCAAGUCCCACAUAGAAAUCAUCCGCGGCCAUGCAGUAUUCACGGGUGAUGCCCAGCCCACAGUGGAGGUCAACGGGGAAAAGUACACCGCCCCUCACAUCCUGAUUGCCACAGGCGGCGUGCCCAUGCUUCCUCAGGAGAGCCAGAUCCCUGGUGCCAGCCUAGGAAUAACCAGUGAUGGGUUUUUUCAGCUGGAAGAGUUGCCUAGCCGCAGUGUCAUCGUUGGUGCUGGUUACAUUGCUGUGGAAAUAGCUGGGAUCCUUUCCGCCCUGGGUUCUAAGACAUCACUAAUCAUACGUCAUGAUAAGGUGCUCAGAAGUUUUGAUUCAAUAAUCAGUUCCAACUGCACUGAGGAGCUGGAGAACGCUGGCAUAGAGGUGCUGAAGUACUCGCAGGUCAAGGAAGUUAAAAAAACUUCUUCAGGCCUGGAACUCUGCAUGGUCACUUCAAUUCCUGGUAGGAAACCCACCUUGACCACCAUUCCAGAUGUUGACUGUCUACUCUGGGCCAUUGGACGGGACCCAAACUCCAGGGGCCUGAAUUUAAACAAACUGGGGAUUCAAACUGAUGACAAAGGUCAUAUCCUAGUAGAUGAAUUCCAGAAUACGAAUGUAAAAGGUGUCUACGCAGUUGGGGAUGUGUGUGGAAAAGCUCUUCUUACUCCAGUUGCGAUUGCUGCUGGCCGAAAACUUGCCCAUAGACUUUUUGAACGCAAAGAAGAUUCCAAGUUAGACUAUGACAACAUCCCUACGGUGGUCUUCAGCCACCCCCCUAUUGGGACAGUGGGACUCACAGAAGAUGAGGCCAUUUAUAAAUAUGGAAAAGAAAACGUGAAGAUUUAUUCCACCACCUUUACCCCAAUGUAUCAUGCAGUUACCAAAAGGAAAACAAAAUGUGUGAUGAAAAUGGUUUGUGCCAACAAAGAGGAAAAGGUGGUUGGGAUCCACAUGCAGGGAAUUGGAUGUGAUGAAAUGCUGCAGGGUUUUGCGGUCGCAGUAAAAAUGGGAGCAACAAAAUCCGACUUUGAUAACACUGUUGCCAUUCAUCCUACCUCUUCGGAAGAACUGGUCACCCUUCGUUGAGAACCCAGAGACUCGUAUGGCCAGCAGCUGGACCACUAGACCUUCAGAAAGGCGCCAAAUCAUCACGUUUCCUUACCAUUCCCAUUGUAUGUAUUUCUUUAUUGUAAUCAGGAUCUUCCAGUAGUGGAAAUUUUCAGUAAACUUAUUUAUGUAAUUAGAAAUCUGUUUUGUUAUCCAGGAUUGAUUUUCAUUUGAUUACAUCUCUCGAUAAUUACUAUUUGUUUUAUUAAUAGCUCUGUGCUAGCUGUUUUUUGUUUUGUUUUAGCCUCAUCCUAAGUAUAAAACCACAUGAAGUACAGUGAAAUUAAUGUACUUGAAUGAAUAUCACUUGCUAAUUUUUAUAGAGGAAGAUGACAGCUGCUCUUCACAUUUAAAUAAUGCAAGUACAGAGUCAUUUUUUUUUUUUUUUUGAA